CACUUGUUGAUUUGCAGCCCCCAGCGGGCUCCUGGCCCCAGCGUUGGACGCCACUGCCAUAAUAAGCUAAAAGUAACCCUAAUGGCAUAAUGGCCCUUAACUGAAAUGGAGUCUAUUUAUCAUUCCCUUUUUGGACACAGCCCAAGAUAAAUCCAAGGAAAGAUAUAAAUUAGCAGAAAGUUGACUGACCAGCACUUGGCUGUCUCCUCCAGACUCAAACCUCCGUGUGUCCAUGUUCAUUUUCUCUCCGACGCCCUGUAAAAAUCGAGGCGACCCGGUGAAACAAAACCCCCCACUUUAUGACUGAGGUUGCAUGUGUACACCGAGGCAGUGGUUUGUGUUGUUUGGUCUUAGAAAAAAAAAAAAAAAGAAGAAAUGUUUCAGCACAGCUCUCUGGCGCGCGCCUCAAGGUUACAACAUGCAAAGGGGGGUCCAUUAGGCACGAGAGACGCGCGCGAACACCUUCUUUUUUGUUUGCUUUUGUUUUUGCCCGAAUCUGAUAGUUUCGAUUCAAGCCCAGGCUGCUCCAAAUUACAUGAAUAUAUUGUCCAGCAAAUAUUAAUAAUUGUACAUACAAAAUAAUACUGUAAUUUAAUCAAAUCUUCUCCUUUUUGUUCUAUUCCAUCACUAAACGCGGCUUUUUUGUGAGUGUUUUCAUACUUUUUCCCACCAUCAAAUUGUCGCAUCUUUACCUGAAAGCAGGAACUCCGAGCACCGACCACAUAAACACACAAACUUCUCUUUCAGCAGAGCGUCCAAUCAGCGGGGGGGAGAGGGAGGGGGGUCUGCGCAGCCCUGCUGUUGUAAUUGGGCGGAGAUGGUGGGAGCAAAACGCAGCCUUGGCACAGAGUAAACUCACAAUCCGUCUUCGUGGCUCCUGAUAGAAGACGCACCAGAUCGCGCAGAUUCAAAAGGAGGAGGUGAAACAAUUUCAGUUUUACAGUUUUAAUUCGUAUCACUUCAAGGUUAUUUAAUCUCAUGAUAAAAGAUCGACUGCUUGGAACGGAUCAAAGAAAGAGGGUUUUUUCUCUCUCUCUCUCUUCUCAUCACCUGCACAGUGGAUUACGCCCUGCGUGGAUUCUGGGACUCAAGAAAGUUAUCAAACUCUCGGGGAUACACAGGGAAGUAAACUUUAUGAAAAGCUGAACAUUUUUUUUUUUCGUCAAACUGUCUCUGGAGUGUUUGGUGCUUUUUAAUAGCGCCAAGACUUAUUAGAGUAUUUUUUUUAUGGAUUAAAGCAAAGUAAGACCAAACCUAAAGGUGAGACACAUCUGCAGAUUUAUGCCUUGGGGGAUGGCAGCAGCCACCUCCGGUCCGUAUUUGGCCAGCAGCAGGAUUUUAUCCGGUCCCAUCGUGCACUCUGACCGGAGAGGUGCUGGAAUGCAGCCGGGCACCACCGCCGUGACCACGGUGUCCGGCGGAUACAGAGGGGACCCAUCGGUUAAGAUGGUGCAGAGUGCAGACUUCAUGCAUGGAGCCAUGGUGGCGAGCAACGGUGGACACAUGCUGAGCCAUGCCCACCAGUGGGUGACAUCGUUGCCUCACGCAGCGGCCGCAGCAGCGGCGGCGGCGGCGGCGGCCGCUGCAGCAGCAGAGACCGGCUCCCCGUGGCCCCCCAGCUCCCAGCCGCAGGAGGUGAAGCGGAACAGGGAUGACCUGCACUCGGGCUCCGCUCUGCACCACAGGUCCCCGCAUCUGGGAGCUCACCAGACGCACGCGGGAAGCUGGGGAGGAAACUCCGCGGCGCACAUCAGCAGCAUCAGCGAGGGGCAGCAGCAGCAGCAACAGCAGCAACAGUCUCUGGUUUACUCCCAGCCUUCAGGAUUUACAGUCAACGGGAUGCUGAGCUCACACACCGGGCAGAGCCUCGCUCACUCGGGGCUGCUGCGCGGGGACUCCCCUGAGCUGGACCACCACCACCACCAUCACCACCAGAGCCACAACCACCACACGCACCAUCACCAGCACCACGAAAUGGGCCACGAGCCGCAGUCCGACGAGGACACGCCGACGUCGGACGACUUGGAGCAUUUCGCCAAACAGUUCAAGCAACGUCGGAUCAAGCUGGGCUUCACCCAGGCGGACGUCGGCUUAGCCUUGGGGACGCUGUACGGCAACGUGUUCUCCCAGACCACCAUCUGCAGGUUCGAGGCGCUCCAGCUGAGCUUCAAAAACAUGUGCAAACUGAAGCCCCUGCUCAACAAAUGGCUGGAGGAGGCCGACUCCACGACCGGGAGCCCGACCAGCAUCGACAAGAUCGCCACGCAGGGGAGGAAGAGGAAGAAGCGCACGUCCAUCGAGGUGAGCGUAAAAGGCGCGCUGGAGAGCCAUUUCCUCAAGUGUCCCAAGCCGUCCGCGCAGGAAAUCAACUCCCUGGCGGACACGCUGCAGUUGGAGAAGGAGGUGGUCCGGGUCUGGUUCUGCAACCGCAGGCAGAAGGAGAAGCGCAUGACGCCGCCUGGACUGCCGCGCACCCCGGAGGACGCGUAUUCUCAGGUGGGGAGCAUCGGUCCGGACACGCCGUCUCCUUCCAUAGAGUGCAAGAGGAUGUACAGCGACACGUGAAAACAGCCAGGACGAACCGCCAAGGCAAGAAACUGAGAGCAAAGAGGAGGGAAAAUGUUUCCUGACUCACCAGAAUUUCUGAAGAAGUUUUUUAUAUAUCAUAAAUCCAUCCGCAGUUUUAGUGUUUUUCUGUGUGUGUUAAUUCCAGAAGCAAAAAAAAAAAAAAAGAAAGAAACAAAAAGAAAAAAGAGGAGAAGUCUACUUUUGUGUUUGUUUGGUAUUUAUCUGUGAUACUGUCUCUGGGACAAAAAUAUUAACGCUAAUCUAGAAUCUGCACAGAAGCAAGAAUAAAGUACUCUAAAUAUAAAGUUACAUAAAUAUGAAGACAAAAAGUUAAACAUUUUUCCUAAAUUGUACAAAAUACAAGUUUUCUUUGUGAUUCUGCAGAUUUUCAUGUCCAUCCUGUUAGACCUGAAAGAAAGACAUUUGUUUUAUUCACCUUGUCCAUGAAUAGUUUUUGUAAGCCAGCAAUAAUAAUUUAAUCACCUCCCAUUUUGUGUUGUGCAUAAGUGGAAUUAAGUUGUGACACGAAAAUGGCAAAAAAGUGUAGUUGAACACUCCUUUUAUUCAGUAAGAAUUUAGCACAAAUUCCCAAAACUGUAUGUAAGGUCUGCUGUGUGCUGCUGUGUAAAGAUUCAGUCUAUUUAUUUUUCCCUAUGUGUCUAUUUUCAUGGAAGACCAAUAAUUUAAUAAAUUUGACAUAAAACCAUGUUAAUAUA